CUUUAAAGCUCUUACUGUAAGGCUCCUGCCUGAUCAAUGUCUGUCCCUGCCCUCGUGUCUCCUCACACUUGCCAUGUUCCAGACGCUCUCAUCCUUCCUCCCGUCUCCGCUCCAGUCUAACAGCGACAAGACCCAACCAGUCGCAGUAGACAUCGCGAAACCUCAGGAGACCACACAGUCCGAGCCCGCAGCCAUGCAGCGCGCCGAGGAGGAGCUGGCAGUGAAGAAGCAGAAGGAGCGGAAGAACGAGCGCAGCACUCCCACGAUGAGCUUGCGAAGUGCAAGGCCAAUCUCUUGCGGUGCCGAAGCACGCGUGCGUGCCCCUGGCAAUGGCAUACCUAUGACCGUAGCGCUGCGAGAAAUCCGACAGCAGGGCUCUCAGCGGCCAUCUCGUGACCAGCAGUACGUCCCUCGGUGAUAGAUCGUGGUGUUACAGUUGGAAAACGCCUUCGAAGUGACACCAUGUUGGACGCGCACAUUUCUGUGAUUGCGCCUAAUGUUCCCAUUUUCUCGAAGCACAGGUGAUGCGUGCAUUGGAGGGGGCUCGGACAUUAUCCAUAUCCCCGUUGAGAUGACAAGCGCCUGACGGAAUAGCAUCC